AUGGCGAGCAGUAGUGGCUUGACAGCAUCCCCUCUGCGAGCGGAUCUGGGCUUCAAUUGGAUUUUCCUUAUUGAGUUGAUUGUUUGCGGGAUCGUUACACUAUUCUUCCUUUUCUAUUUCAACCGUGUUUUUGCUGCCGUCGUAUCAUUUGGUCUUCGGAAGUGGACAUGGCAUCAAUAUCAAGUGUAUGUCGACAUCCAAGCUUUACAAAUAUCUCUCCUAGGAGGGCGCGUGUUUUUCAAAGGUGUUAGAUAUCACGGCGACAAUGAAACUAUAUUGAUACAAAAUGGAUACAUUACAUGGAAAUAUUGGCUCCGCAAUGUGAGAGAAUUGGACUUAGAAACCAACGAAUCUACAAAAAAGCAGAAGGAGCGUGAGCCGACUGUUAAUACGAGACUUGAUCAGGAGGCGGGGCCGAAAGAAAAGAAGAAACUGCCGUGCCGAUUCGAUAUCGUUUUGAACGGGGCAGAAUGGUUUGUUUACAACCGAAGUGCGGCAUACGAUGCUAUUAUAUCGGGAAUUGCUGGAGAUGCUGAGGAUACAGAUCAUGCUGCGCAGAGCCAUGGAGAUGAUUCCCAUCAGCAUGUGAGACUAAGAAAGAAAGGUGCUGUAAAUGGUCGUGGGAAUGCACAAGACUUGUCCAAGGAAUCUACUGCCGAUUCUCAAACUUCACCCUCACAUAUCGAAGAACAGGCUAAGCCUGGAGCACCUCACGUAGAGGAUAAAUCUGAUAGAUCUUCGGCGAACUCUCAGAGAGCCGAUAUGGAAAGUGACGAGUCGCAUGCAGCAGUGGAAUCAACUUUCUUACUCAGGUUUCUUCCCGUUCAUAUUGAAUGUUCCAAAGCUGCAGUGGUACUAGGGAAUGAAAACACCAAGAGCGUGCUCAUUGUUAAAAUGGACAAAGCAGAGGGAGACUUGGACGCCUCAGCAGCGACUAAAUUGGAUCAGUAUAAACAGCUAAUAAAUUUUCGUUUCGAACAUCCCGUUAUACAAAUGCAACCGAAUGAUGAUUACAAAGAAGACCAAACUACAGCGGCCUGUAAAAUUAAACGCGGAGUUCCUGAGCAGUCGAACGCUAUUUCAAGCCACGUUCACUCCCACAGCUUUUUCCAUCGACAGCGCAAGAGAGCGUGGCAUACUAUUCAAGACCUUGUACCUUAUUUUCGAAGCUCUGUAGAGUCUUUCUCAUCCAGUCAUGAUAGCCGCUCAAACUCACCCAUUCCAGGAGACCCCAAUCCUAGUAGCUGGCAAGGUCUUUCGAGGUAUCUGGAUGAAAGCGAGCAGGAUGACAAGGCGCGGUGGUCUUCUAACGAAUAUGCAACAGUUACUACAAUUGUUGAUAGCCCCAGCGCUACAAUGAGAUUCUACUGGGAUGUCCCGGCCAAGGUUCCAUGGCGACGUGAAGUGUCAAAAUCAGCAUGUAAUAACAUCAAUGGUGAUGUUCCUCCUGAAUGGGGAAUCGAUCUUCUUCUGGAAGGUGCUGUUAUCAACUAUGGUCCUUGGGCAGAUAGGCAGCGGGCCGAGAUUCAGCGAGUCUUCUUUCCAAGUCUGUGUAAAGACGCCUCCCCCGCCAAAAUGAUUAGACCCGGUCAAUACAGAGUGCCAACACAAUUCAAACUCUACAUUGAACUUGACCACGAGACGACACUUCGAGUGCCCAUUAGAGAGGAAUCGAAGAAUUGGAAAUGGACAAAGCAAGCAGAAUCAGCUGGUGCCCGGCCGAGCGAGCGAAAACGAACUAGUAACAGAGGUCGCAGGAGAAAAGAUGAGAAGGGGGCCCCUGGGCCCGAGGUUAGACCCUUUGGUUGGCUUGACAUUAAGGUUGGGGCGAAUGCAACCAUUCGAUACCUGAUGGAUAUGGUGGCAGGAGAAUCUGGAUUUUCAAACAAGCUUCAAUUGGAUCUGCCCAACACGGAGAUAACUACAAGUGUUAACCACGGGCUACUUUGGAGAUCCACCGGAAAUGUGAUUAGUUGUGAUCUAUCGAAUCCCUUACAAUGGAACGGUUUCCGAACAUGGAAUUUCGAUAUUGGCAGUCGCGGACUAGAACUUUUUAUUCUGAGGGAACACAUCUUUCUCCUUACAGAUCUUGUUGGGGAUUGGGCCAGUGGCCCGCCGCCAGAAUAUCUCACAUUUACGCCGUUUCGGUAUUUGGUGAAGCUCAAUCUUCAGGCAUUCAAACUCUACCUCAACGUCAAUGACUCCAACAUAAUCAAUAACCCUGCCGAUUUUGACGAUAAUACCUUCAUCGUUAUUUUUGGAGAGUCGUUGAUUGCAGACAUUUGCAUUCCCAUCGAUACAUUUCGGCCUCACCGAAACGAUAUAUCGUUUGAUGUUUUCGCUAAGCAUGGUGGUUUGAACCUGCAUGUGCCUCCGUGGAAUACUCAGGCCACCUUUCUGAAAUCCACGGAGAUUGCUGAACUCGAUACUCUAAAACUUGGAGGAAAAUAUCAAUAUUGUGCAACUACUUCUUCCAGUAAUACCGAUACACUAAUACUUGAUGUGCAUGGCAAUGGGGCUACAGCGCAAUUCUAUGGAUUCGUUAUUCGAUAUUACCUCAAGGUGAAAGACAAUUACUUUGGCGAUGAUAUUCAUUUCAGGACCUUGGAGGAAUACCAGGAAGCCAUCCGUGUCAAAACCGCCAACAGCCAAGAGGACGCGAACGUUCAACCUCACAAGAAGAGCAACGAUCUCGACGUGAUCCUGAGCAUAUCUGCUGACGAAUCCAGUGUAAUUUUGCCCGCAAAUUUGUAUUCAGCAAAGGACCAUAUUCGAAUGGAGAUUGCGACACUGGCUGCUGAUCUUCGCUUCACCAACUACUACAUGGACUUAGAUGUAGAGCUUGGCACACUAGCUUUCUCUUUGGGUACCGAAAGUGAUAGCAGAAUGUCUUUUGCUAGCGCAACGUCUGGCACUCAACUUUUCAUCGACGGUCUUAAUAUAUCGGGCAACCGCCUUUUUGGUCUGCCUCCUAUUGAGCCAACUUACGUCUGUAAUUGGGACUUUAGUGUGGGCGCAAUUACUGGCGAGUGUACAACCGAGUUCUUUGUGCGAUUGCUUGGCAGUGUCAAGGCAGUUGCAUUUUCCUUCGAUGACGACGAAAAUGCCCUCCCGCCGACUGCUGAAUUAACAUUGCACGAUGUCACUUUUCUCCGUGCCUCGGUUGAUUCCAUACGCAUUUGGAUACAUGUCGAAGAAGCAGCCUUUCUAUUUUCCACUUCUAAAAUUAUAUUGAAUUUCGAUGAUUGGGCUGGAUCCCAUUACUCCAAGAAACUAGAUCUUCAAAUACCAAAUCUGAAAUUUGGCUGUGUUGAUGCGGAAUCAGCUUCAAGGCACAGAUCAAGAGCACAACAUCCCGUGGAGACGCAUGGCCUUAUUCAAACAACGAUAUCAUUUGGGAUGAUCCUGAAGAAGCUUGCAUUCGUAGAAGAUCGCCGCCUGCAGCAAGCACACCUAAGACUUCAUGAUCGAAGAACGCAUCGAACCGAUUUCCUCUUACAUAAUUAUGUUAUGACAAACGUAGAUCAAGAGAAUGUUGAACCGCCUGCAAUGUGUGUUCCGCCAAUGCCCCUUCCACUCUUUCACAGUGACGGCCUUAUUCAAGAUAGGCCAUCUACUUACAAGAUGUCCUCCAAUAUAUCGUCGGUUCGCAGAAACCGACCUCAGACUGGGCGCAAAAGCUCAUUCUUGACCGCUUCUAGCUCAAGCUUUAGAAGCGAUCAGAGUAUCAUUCGGCCUCACUCGUUCAAUCGUGAGGGAACAUCCAUUUCUGCUUCACGUUCCCGAAGUAUACAGGCUGGCCAAUCGCAUCUCAGAGACCUUUCAGUCUCGACCGGUCGUCAAUCUUCAUUCUAUAGUGCUGUUGGCGAGGCUAAUGGCCUACCUCCUUCCAAUGUUACCUUCUCAAGCUCGUACAUAGCACCAUAUUUUCCACUUGAGGCUGUCGAACCUGAUAUUAAGGAUCUCCCAGUCCUAGAUUCAGAAGCUCAGACCGAAAACGCCAUGCAAUCACCUCGAAUGAAUUUAGAAGACAUUCAGCCUGAUCGAGUGGGCGAGAACGCGACCCAUGUCAGCUUUAUCGUGGAAAUGCCCGGGGGUAUCAAGGCAGUGCUUAGCCCGAAAGCAGUGGGAGCUGUUGCGGAUUUACUUGCUGCAAUACAACCUGUAGAUCCUGUAGAUAUGAUAGAUGAUCUUCAGAUUAGCUCCAUGGGAGAGAUAUUCGGCAUGGACAAAAAAGACAAGAUACACGGGGAGGUUCUUGAUAUAGCUGUGCGGACUCCAGGCAUAUGUCUUCGAUUCUUGAAUUCGCCCGAUGCGCAUGACUUGACCAGUGAUAAAGAUGAAACGCAUGAUCAGUAUGAUCUCUCUAUCGCAAAGCUUGCCAUCACCUCAAGAAGUGAAACAGCUGGAACUUCGGACCUCACCGCUGCCCAAGCUGGUCGGCAGUCCUCUGCAAUCCAUUUAUACCUCGGCUCUGCUGUCCUGGCUGCGAAGGAACGAUUUGGUGAUCUAAAUGAUCCUCAAGCAGCUGUGAACGUGAUUCUUGAAGAUGUUGUGUUCUGGAUUUCUUCUGGACAUAACACGGCGGCAAACAUAAUUUUCAAAAUUAUAGAAGUCAACACGGCUAGCAGUAAGAUUGAAUAUCUUGCAUCAUUGGUCCAUCGUACCAAUGUUCUCGCUGAUCGAGUUAGUGAGACGUUUGCAUCUAGAUUAAGCCAACAACGAAAUCGUCUCCAGCUCUUCACAUAUCUCGUCGCGACUGCAGGGGAGCAUGCCACAGAUCCUUUAUUCUUGACAAGACCGGCAUACGUUCUUCGAAGCGCACAAAGGCAUUUGAGAACCCAUGAUUCGUGGAAAGUAAUUGCUCGACUUCGACAUAUGUAUUCAAUACUUGGCACAUCUGCGCAACGCGAUAUCAUUAACCGUUGCACAAAUAAUGCAGAAAGCGUUCCCGAAGACGCUGCUCAACGAGUCCUCGCUAGCUUUUCUCAGUGGAGGAGCUGGGAUCUCAACAAUCUUGGCGCUUGUGUCUUGAUGAGUAAUGUUUUCGGUUUUUCCAACGAUGAUGCCACAGAAACGGUAGCAGAAGCACCAAACUUAAGCAUAUCACUUCGAACAGAACUUGUAAGGCUUGUGAUAGAUCCAGGCCCGAAGCAAAACGAGGUUGCACUAUCUUCUUUGUCGGCCAGUGUUUCGGUGACAACUACGCGUUCUUCCAUCAUGUCGCCAAUAUCUAUAUCACAGCAUGGCUCAGAUACAGAUAAAAUUCAAAAUACUAUCGUGCAUGUGUUUUGCGAGAAUGUUUCGAUCAAUCUAAAUUGGGAACUAUGUGAGCUUGUGCAAGAUAUCUUGAAAUUGUAUCAACAAAGCGAAUCGAACGCAAAAGUACCAGAAAGGCCUUCACCAAUCACGCUAGCUCGCCCAAAAGUAAAAGCUAAACAAAAUCUUCAGGUCGUGAUUGCAACCGAAAAAGGUUCUAUCACACUUGACACAAUAAAUCUCAGAGCUGUUUCCAUUAGUAACGGCUUGAAAGUAUCUGUUGUUUCGACAGAGGACAUUGCUAACACGACGAUGAUAAACGUUAUGCUCGCCGCAGAAGCUGCCACCUCGAAAAUUCAGAGUCAUUCGCAACCUUUAAGUCUGUACCAGCUGCGAAAUCCAAGUGUCUAUGUAUCAUUCGAAAGCUCAAUGCUCGACGAAACUUCCCUUAACGUUUUUAAAGUUGCAGCAAAUUCGCAAGAGUUGUCAUUCAUAGUCCAGCAAGAUAUUGUCGCACUUAUUGAAGUCUUGGACUUAGUGAUUGGGGAUGAAGUCGCGCAGCUGAAUCGUUUUAUUCCGAAGCUUCCAACAGCCAAACGGCCUGCAUCGCCGCCGAAUGUCUUGCCAUCAAGUGUUCAAGAAUCAAAGGCCAUCAACAAGAUCAAUUUGGCACUGUUCCUAAAUAUGUAUCAAAUCAGCAUACCUCUCAUACAAUCGUUAACAUAUACCAUUUCAGGUGUUGUUGCUAGGGCUUCCUUGGCAGCUCAAUUUGGGUCCGAAAUUGUCUUCGAUUUUGACAUUAAAGAACACUCGCAUGAUGUGCAAACAGCUCAAAUUGAUAAAAAGCAAAGUAUUUCGUUGUUACAAAUGCCACCAACAAACGGUCGUAUCGUUAGCAGUAUGUCCGUGGAAGAGAAUAAGAUUUCAGUCUUUGCUUCUGUGGAACCCAUAGAGCUUGAUGCAGCUGCUCUCCAUAGUCUCUUGACUGCACUCAAUCGACCAGAAAUAUCUAGUGUUGUUUCCGAUAUCCGUGACGAUAUCAAAGCAAUACAAGCGCAUAUUGAAGAAAUAUUCGGUCCCAGCAGCAGUCCAGUGCCGGAUUUACCACCGAAAGCCGGUCCUGCUCUUAUAUACGAUGCUCACCUAACUUUUGCAGGUUUGGAUGUUUAUGCAAACGCGGAACCGUCGCGAGAGGGGAAAACUACGGCAAGACUUGAGUUCAAUGUUGGAUGCGUGCAGCUUCUAGUUGCAAACAGGCUGGAGGCACAUGGGCCAACAUAUGAAUUUCCAGAGAUUCAUGUAAGUCUGCAUCGCAUUAUGUUUGAAUUGUCUCGCCUCAAUAAUGGGACUAUGGAACCUUGCGGAAAUCUUGCAUUCGCUGCAUUCUUGACUGCCACGAGCAAAAAGAACGAAAUAGGGGACGAUGUUAGAUCAUUCAAUCUUACUAGCAAUGGCCUCGAAAUCAACCUUUUCGCGGAAACUGCAUCUUCUGUGGUAGAUGUCAUGGCUCACUUGCAAAAUAAAAUAAAAGACAUCGACUUCACUAGAGAGAAGCAGUAUUUUAAGAAACUUCGUAAAUCCAGACCAAGGAUUACAGUAAACGAUGAGUCCAAAGAUCAUGAUAGCAUUACCGGCUCAACGUCUACCAUUAUGUUUGCUUCGAUGUACACUCUCGAAUUGCUCAACAUCCAAGUUAGUUGGCUGGUUGGCACUACAGAAAACGAUCGCAUCUCGCACUCUGAAAAGGAAAAUCUUGUUCUAUCAUUGAAACGUAUUGAUUUAUCAACAAGGAAGGAGAAUUCUGCUCGACUUACCAUUGAAGACUUACAACUGCAAAUGGUACCCUCGUCACAUGACAAAAUCCAACGUUCACUUAACUCGGCUUUAUUGCCAGAAGUCAUCUUCAAUGUUGGAUAUAUCUCUGGUCAAAAUACCCGUAGGUUAGCAUUUCAAGCGGCAGGGAAAUCCCUUGAUUUGCGACUGACUUCUCAAUUCAUUAUACCUGCCGCUGAGCUUCAACGAUCAAUUGGAUCUGCUACCGAAAUGGUACGGGUAGCGUCAGCUACAUGGAGUGCAAGCCCACCACCGACACUAAUACCACCAACGCCUUCCAACAAAAGGCAACCCUUCUUCGGGAAGAAACGUAUGGAGUCUUUACUAGUGGAUGCGGACUUUGCUGGAGCUGUUGUGUAUCUGUCGGGUAGGAAAUUGGCAGAGACCACGCAGACAAAUCAAGCAGGCACAACGGGUCGCGUGCCUCAUGCUGGAAGAUAUGGGCAAUUCACGCACAAAGACGCCGGUAGUAGCACGGUCUUACGCGCACCUGGCCUGGCUUGGAAAAUAGAGUACACAGAUAAUGGCCUUGAUGACCCGUCUCUGAAUGCUGAGGUGAAGGUGGACGCUUCGACAAACAUACUCUAUCCAUCAGUUGUGCCUCUCAUUUUGGAGAUAUCUUCCUCGGUCAAAGACAUUGUAAGCGAGGAUGGCAAGGAUAAAAAGUCGGUGCCAAAAUCAUCGCCACAAAAAUUUAUGGGCUCCGAUGACGAUAACAUUUUGGCAGCCGAUCCCAGUGCUGUCCUUGGUCGCACUCGCCUCAAUCUAGGGCUUAGAAUUUGUAAGCAAGAGUUCACUCUUAGCUGUCAACCUAUAGCUCGUGUUGCUGCUAGCGCGCGAUUUGACGAAAUCUAUUUGACUAUCAACACGGUCCGAUCGACCGAGCAUGGGCAUUUCUUUGCUGCGUCCGUUGCUUUCUCAAGGCUGCAAGCUUCAGUACAACAUGUUUAUUCCAGGGAAUCUACGGGAAGCUUUGAUGUUGAAUCAAUUUUCCUAUCUCUCAUGAAUAGUAAGCAUGUGAGUGGCACCAGCGGAAUGUCUGCAAUAUUAAAGAUUAGUCCCAUGAAAGUCUUAAUCAAUGCCAAGCAAUUACAAGAUUUCCUGCUCUUUAGGGAGAUUUGGGUUCCACAAGAACUGCGUGAAGGCUCUACAGCUCCUGUAUCGUCAACUGAUAAUAUACAAUCAUCAACUUUUCUCGUGCAGAGAUACCAGCAAGUUGCAGCAACUGGUGCUUUCCCCUGGAAUGCUACAGUCUCUAUUGCUGAGUUGGACGUUCAAUUGGAUCUCGGCCAAGCUAUCGGCAAAUCUGCUUUUAUUAUAUCAAAUUUCUGGAUCUCAUCCAAAAAGAAUUCGGAUUGGGAGCAAAAUCUGUGUCUUGGCUUUGACAAAAUUGGUGUUGACAGUUCAGGCAGGAUGAGCGGAUUCGUGGCGCUUCAGGAUUUCAAAAUACGCACCUCCAUCCAAUGGCCAGCACGCGAGAAGGCAUUGAAUCAAACGCCAUUAGUUCAAGGCUCUUUGGGUUUCAGCCAACUAAGAGUCAAGGCUGCAUUUGAUUACCAAGCCUUCUUAGUUGCGGACAUCACAUCUUUCGAAUUCCUUAUGUAUAAUGUUCGCAACGGGACGCAGGCGAAGGGAGACCGACUCGUUGCCAUCUUAGAUGGGGAAGCUGUACAGAUCUUUUGUACGGCAACGACUGCAUCGCAAGCACUCGCUUUAUACCAAGCAUUCUUGCGUCUUGCUCAAGAGAAGAAGAGUAAUUAUGAAACGUCCCUUUCGGAAAUUGAAAAAUAUAUUAAACGUAAAUCGAUCUCUCAGACAAUAUCACCCAAUCCCAAGACACCUGUUACAGAGCCGAAACCAGAAAAAUCGAAAUCACCCGUAUCACUGCACACUGAUGUGAUCGUCACACUGAAAGCAUUGAACAUAGGGGCGUUUCCAAGCACAUUCUCCGACCACCAAGUCUUCAAAAUCGAGGCACUCAAUGCACAGGCACGAUUUGCGGUAACCAUGGAUCGGGGAAAGAUUCAUAGUAUUUUAGGUCUCACUCUCGGUCAACUUCGCAUUGGACUUGCUGGAGUGAAGCAAGACGAGGCGCCAAAGUCCGUUAGCGACCUUUCUGUGGAAGAUGUGGUCAACAGUGUCACGGGAUCUCGGGGUGGUACGAUAUUGAAAGUCCCCCAGGUCGAGGCCACGAUGCAAACAUGGCAGGUCCCCGGUUCCAACCACAUCGAUUACAUAUUCAAAAGCUCUUUUGAAGGGAAGGUUGAGGUUGGAUGGAAUUAUUCCCGUGUCAGCUAUAUUCGCAGCAUGUACGGUACACACACAAAAGCAUUAGCACAAAGACUAGGGAAGCCUCUACCACCCUCGGCCUUGAAAAUCACGGGAGUACCAAACGCAGAAGAUCCACAAAGUAAAGAGGGCGAGCAACAAAAGAUUACGGCCGAGGUCAACGUUCCUCUAUCGAAAUAUGAAUAUAUAGCCCUAGAACCCCCUGUCAUCGAGACUCCUCUCCUUCAAAGUCUGGGUGAAGCAACACCACCUUUGGAAUUCUUUGGGUUACAUCGAGAUCGACUUCCAAAUCUUACACAUCAAAUAGUGAUUGUAGCGUUAUUAGAAUUGGCAGGGGAGGUAGAGGAUGCCUAUGAAAAGAUUUUAGGGUCUUCUUGA